AUGUCAAAUUUAUCCAAACUUGAGUUUGUGGCAUUAGAUAUUUCUGGAAAGAAUUAUCUUUCAUGGGUACUCGAUGUUGAGAUUCACUUGGCUGCUAAAGGUCUUGAUGCCACUAUUACUCAGGGAAAUGAAGCAUCGAGUCAAGAUAAGGCGAAGGCUAUGAUUUUCCUUCGUCGUCAUCUUGAUGAGGGCCUGAAUAUUGAAUAUCUGACGAAGCAAUAUCGUGAAAAGGGUUUUCAGAAAUAUUCUGAACUAAUCUUAUGUCUUUUGGUGUCUGAGCAACAUAAUGCUCUUUUAAUGAAAAAUCAUGAAGUUCGUCCCACUGGAGCUGCUCCAUUACCGGAGGCAAAUGUGGAGGAAGCACGUGAUCAAUCAAAAACUUUAAAGGAUGAUGUUUUUGAUGGCCUUGGUGACAUUACUCAUAUGGAAGUUGAUGGCUUCUUUGGAGAUCCAAAACUGAUGUUUGAUCUUUUAGCUGGGGAAUGA